UCUUCUUAAUAUCUUCUGCUUUUGUUAGGUCCAUGCCAUUUCUGUCCUUUAUUGUGCCCAUCUUUGUCUUGCGGGGGCUGUUAAAAGUCAUGGACCAGGCCAAUGACGUGUGUGGGUGACUCUGCCCUGCCUCUCCCAAGAGCCCCAGUUACCUGCUCUUCCCUCCUUGCUCUCGCCCCAACCCACCUCUGCCUAAGUUUAUUAUGUAGUUAUUAGCAAUUGUGAAUGACAUGGUGUGAGUUUCCUUGCAUUUUGCAGUGUCUUCCAAAGUUAUUUUGGCCUCCGUUGUGUUUGCGCCAUUUACCUGUUUUCCAGAUGCGGAAACUUAAGCCUUGAGACUCAGUCUGCAUCUCCGGCCAGAUACACUGUCCCUCUCAGCCCUGAUUUUAUAAACAUCCCCCUUCCGAGCAUCCUUGGUGUCUCACAAGAUGGGGGGUGGGGGGCCAUGGCUGAGAGGACAACUCCCCACCAACACCCAGCUGCCCAGCUUGUGGCUUCUGCCUCCAUCAGCCCCAGGCAGUGAAGGGAGGGAGAAGCGGGGUGAUGAAAGUGGCCUUUGCGGCCCAUGCCGGAAAUCUCACAGCCAGGAAGAAAGGUGGGCAGGGUAGCAGGAGGCCUGUAGCGUGCACAUGGGGCGUUGCUGAUACAGAGCAAGUUCCUUUCCAGCCUUGGCCCACCUGUCAAGUGGGGAGGGAGCUUCCCUCACUCUGCUCUUUCACAUCAGGGCAUGGGCUGCUGUUGGAGCCUGGGUUGGGCUUGGGCCCUGAGGUCACAGAGCAGAUGGUCCCUAAUGGAGCUCAGGAUGUGUGUGGGGUGUGCUGGGGCAGGCCCAAAGCCCAGGUGGUGGUGUAGGGGAAACAGUUGGUCCAUCGGUCUGGUCCAUCACAGAGACUGAUAGCCUCCCAUUUCCUUGACUCCCAGCCAGAAAUGCCCCAGGGGGUGGGGGAGACCCAGCCUGGAUAUGAAGUGUGAACCGCCCCCACUCCUCCUCCCCUGCGGGAGUUGCCUCUGUCAACCUGCAAUCCAGCACCCCGCCCCCGCAGUUCUGAUUGUAGCUGCUCUCAGGCCUCUGUGAUCAGAGUUGGGCCUCUUCACCUGUGUGGGGGCCCCCCCCCCCCCCCCGCUUUCAUCUCUCUAAGCUGGCUCUGUGGAGCUGGGUCUGUGCCAUCCUCUCGGGUGUGUAGGGGUCGGGGCGGGGGGCAUGGUUAAACCACUGGUGUGUUUCUGCCCUUCGCUGGGAUGAUUUCUUGUGAUGCUGCAGAAGGUUUUAGAGUCCUGAGACAUGGUCUCUCUUAGAAAAGUGGACCUCGUUUGUCCCACUUUGGGAAACUGUUACCUCAACGAGGGUGGGAAUUGCCUUCUGACCUUCUCCCACACCUGCCUCGCCUUGGGAGGAAAGGGUAAAGGGUCUCCAGAAAGUGAUGGGUGCUGCCACAAGAGACACACACCCAGUGUACACCCAAGUCCUUCCAUGUGCUUAGCCUCUCCCCAGGCCUCCAGCCUUUGGCUCCUAGGGUGGGCAGGGUUGAAAUCUGGUCACUUGGGCAGCGCCAGAAGCAGCUACCACUCCCACGACCAUUAGCCCUUCCUCCUUGGUCCUCUGCUAGGUAUACAGGGUAAGGGGGGAGGUCCAGGCUCUCUUCUUGGCCAUGCUGGACUCCCGGGGGAGAUAUGACUCCAAGACAGCUCUUAAGGGUGACCCAAGCCCUGGUGUCAGGCAGGCAAGGGUUAAAAGGUAUGGGCUGGGCCAGUCCCUGGCCAGGUAGGCAGGGCCAUUACCUAGUGGGAGGUGGCCUAGACCUCCGCCACUGGGCUCACCACUUAUUGCCACUACCAGCGGGAUCAGGGCCUGGUCGAAGCAACUUUUUUUUUUUGAGGUACCUGAGGCCACCCCACAGCACCUCUCUGACUGGGCCACAGGAUGGAGUUGGGACAAGGAGCAACUCACAGACCUUGCAGUCAUCCGUUUAUUCACCCAGCAGACACUCCCUGAGCACUUGCCGUGUACCUGGAAGUAUUCUGAAUGCCAGAGAUACUGAUACAUUUUCUGUUCUCAUAAAGGCAAGACUCCUGACGGUGGCCCAUGGGCCUCUGAGGAGGUGUUGUAAGUCCGCCCAGCUCCCCACUUGCUGUGCUCCCACUCAAUGGGAAGGGAACCAAGGUACCCGGGCCUUGACAUUGGCACAGAAUCUGAGAGGGCAGCCCAAGCAGGCCUUGUCCAGCCAUCAGUCACGGCAUCCUGACAGCUUCAGGAUGGAAGUCAAAGGUCAGCUGAUCAGCUCUCCCACCUUCAACGCCUCAGCUGCCCUGUUUGGAGAGGCUGCCCCCCAGAUGAAGUCAGAGCGUCUACGGAGUCUGCUUGACCGGCAGCGAGCGCUGCAGGAGGCCCUGAGCCUGAAACUUCAGGAGCUACGGAAAGUGUGUCUCCAGGAGGCGGAGCUGACUGGCCAGUUGCCGCCCGAGUGCCCACUGGAGCCUGGUGAACGACCCCAGUUGGUCCGCCGGCGCCCCCCUGCAGCCCGCGCCUACCCGCCACCGCACCCCAACCCAGCACACCAUUCCCUGUGCCCCGCCGAGGAGCUGGCGCUUGAGGCCCUGGAGCGAGAGGUGUCUGUGCAGCAGCAGAUCGCCGCAGCUGCCCGCCGCCUGGCCUUGGCUCCCGAGCUCAGUGCCGAGCAGCGCCGGCGCCGGCGCCAAGUCCAGGCAGAUGCCCUUCGGAGGUUGCACGAGCUGGAGGAGCAGCUUGGGGAGGUCCGGGCCCGCCUUGGCCUUUCGGGGCUCCCGCCAUCCCAGCCCCUGCCCCUGUCCACCGGAGGAGCCGUUAUCACCACCCAGGGAGUCUGCCUGGGCACGCGCCUCGCUCAGCUCAGCCAUGAGGACGUAGUUCUGCACUCGGAGAGCAGCUCCCUCUCAGAGUCUGGGGCCAGCCACGAUAAUGAGGAGCCCCGUGGCUGCUUCCCUCUGGCUGAGCGCCCCUCACCGCCCAAGGCCUGGGACCAGCUGCGGGCAGUCUCUGGGGGCAGCCCUGAGCGGCGAACCCCAUGGAAACCACCCCCAUCCGAUCUUUAUGGGGAUCUGAAGGGCCGGCGCAACUCUGUGGCCAGCCCCACCAGCCCUACACGCUCACUGCCCAGGAGUGCCUCCAGUUUUGAGGGGCGAAGUGUGCCUGCUACUCCCGUCCUCACCCGGGGCGCUGGCCCCCAGCUCUGCAAACCCGAAGGCCUCCAUUCUCGCCAGUGGUCCAGCAGCCAGGACUCCCAGAUGGGCUUCCCACGGGUGGACCCUGUCUCCGACCGCACCUCCCUCUUCGCAGCUCGCACCCGCCGCAGCAAUAGCUCCGAGGCCCUGCUGGUGGACCGGGCAGCGGGUGGGGGAGCUGGCUCCCCGCCGGCACCUCUGGUUCCCCCUGCCACCGGUCCCCCAGUCUGCAAGAGCAGUGAGGUGCUAUAUGAGCGCCCCCAGCCAAUCCCCGCCUUCUCCUCCCGCACGGCUGGCCUCCCAGACCCUCCCCGCGCUGCCCGGCCCAGCUCAGCCGCGCCGGCCUCCCGCGGGGCCCCCCGGCUCCCACCCGUGUGUGGGGACUUCCUCUUGGACUACUCCCUGGACCGGGGCCUGCCUCGUGGGGGCGGCGGGACAGGCUGGGGGGAGCUGCUGCCCACAGCUGAGGUUCCAGGACCCCUUUCCCGCCGGGAUGGGCUCGUCACCAUGCUCCCAGGCCCACCGCCUGUGUAUGCAGCUGACGGCAACAGCCCCCUCCUCCGCAGCAAGGACCCCCAUAGCCGUGCCCCCCGCACCAAGCCCUGUGGUCUGCCCCCGGAGGCCGUAGAGGGCCUGGAGGCGCAUCCCAACCCUCUGCUGUGGAUGCCCCCACCCGCCCGUAUCCCCCCGGCCGGUGAGCGCAGCGGCCACAAGAACCUUGCCCUGGAGGGGCUGCGGGACUGGUACAUCCGGAACUCGGGACUGGCCUCGGGGCCCCAGCGCCGGCCUGGGCUCCCCCACAUGGGCCCGCAGCACCCGCCCUUCCUCCAUGCCCGCUGCUAUGAGGUGGGCCAGGCACUGUACGGGGCCCCCAGCCAGGCGCCGCUCCCGCACUCGAGGAGUUUCACGGCGCCCCCUGUCUCCGGCAGGUAUGGGGGGUGUUUUUACUGAUGGGUAGGGGUCUCUUGAGGCAGAUAGCAAAGGUGUCCAGGCCAGGGAGCAGCUAGUCAUGGUAGCUAAUGACAGGGACCACGAAAGAAGUAGCUGCAGCCUUGGCCUGUGGUCCCUGGGCCCUGCCUGACCCGCGUUAAUCUGUGGGGUCUUGGCGGAGGGGUAUCUUGGGCCCCGGUAGCAGCAGUUCUUCACCGAAUUAUUCAAGAGUUGUAAGAGUUGAACAGCCAGUGCAUGUCAGCUGAAAAUGAGCCUUGAAACUAGGGUGCUGGGAGGAAGGGUUGUCCUGUGCCCCUCACCUUUCUCUUCCUCUUUUCACCACGCCCUGCACCUGCGAGCCUAAAGGUACUCUCCUGUGCCUGCUUCCACCUCUUUAACGAGCCUCUUUUCCUCUUUCUGUGUCUUGUCCGUCUUUUCCUCUGUCCGGUCUUCCCACCCUGUCUUCUGGAUUCCUGCUACCCCUUCUAAAGAUACUACGCGGACUUCCUGUACCCCCCGGAGCUGAGCGCUCGUUUAAGUGACCUGACGCUAGAGGGGGAGCAGUCCUCCGGUUCUGACCCCCAGACCCCAGGAACACUGGUCUGACCCCUUCUGACAUGCCCCUUAUUGGCCUGGGCAAGACUCCAGUUUGGGAGGGGCACAGCUGACCUCGCUGAGCCCUGGGAUAGGGUUGCUGUCCCUCCUGGAGGUGGGCACCAACCUGAUCUUCCAAGGCCCCUGGCUCCCCGUGGGCCCAUAAUGGUGUCUGACACCCUGCAUCUCCUUUCAUGCUGUGCUGGGGACUGGGGGGCCCUCCGCCAGCUUAAAAGAGAGGAGGUGAUGUAAUGGAGACUCCAAGCCCCUUCCUCCAUUUCUGUUUACAGUUGUGAUUUAGGUAUUCACUGUCUUUCCCCCAACACUAGACAUUUUAUAAAAAGGGAAACUGUGAUCUCAUCCUGGUUGGGUUCAUUCCUGUCCCUGUGCCCAGCCUGCUCCAUUCAGGAGCCCCCUCCACAAAAUGGACCAGAUAGGGUCUUGGGGCCCAAUUUAGGGCAGUCAGGAGACUGAUGUGAACAGAACUCCCUGCCACCCACCUACUGGGACAAUGUUUUCUUGGCAGAGGUGCCCACAUUUGGAAGGAAUGAAGUCUCUGCCCACGUGUGGAAGGACUGAAGUCUGGGUGGGAGGCUUGGGUUCAUUUUCCCUUCCCCAGGGGUGCCUGCAGGUGCCCCAGACCCUGUCUGUCUGUGCCCGCUGCCUCUGCCCACAGAAUCAGAUGGCUCAGCCUUUGGUGGCAGCCUCUGCCCUCUUCCCAAUCGGGAAGCCCCACAGGAGGACCGAAGGGCAGCGCCAUUGGGUGUUGUGUGUCCUGGAAUGCUGCGGUGGUGGAACCUAGCAUCUAGUAGAUGCCAAUGAAAUCCUCAAGUGACGUCUUGCCACUGGCUCCAUCACAUCUUCCCUGGCUUUCCUUCCAUCCACCACUUUUUAAAAAAAAUCCACACAAGCUGUGUUUUCUAUGAUAUCUUUCUGUGACUUUCUGAAGCUGGGGGUUCCUCUACCCCCUUUACCUGGUGUGAAAACUUUUCUUUUUGUACCAAUGGAUCUGGACCCAAAACACUACCCACAUUGGAAGGGGAUUUCUAUAAUAAAUGUGUAAACUGAA